AUGGAGGACCAAGAUCAUGAUGCGUAUUGGGCAGAUAAUGCCGAAAUGAAGCAAAAGACUAAGGCUUACGCGGAAAGGGCGAGGCACAUCGCAGAUCAUCAAAUGCUUAAACGCGAAACUUUUCAUCCGUGGAGACUGGGGCCGCACGACAUCUCGUGUAAGCUUGAUAUUUACGAGCUCGAAGGAGAUCACAUUGGCAUGGAUAAUGGCCCAGCUUCAACUAGCCCGCGAGAUCUACUAAUGCAUUGGGAAAAUACCCCCAAAGAUGGUACAGCGAAGAAGAGAAAUCGACGUGUUAUUAUUCUGGAAGACGUCACGGCGAGACUUGCGGAAACUCUAGGGGUUCUACUUGAUAUUCCUCCGGAAUUCUUCUUGUCACACUGUGACGAAUUUGUAGACCUUAAUGUCAUGGAUGAGCGCUUUGCCAAGCAGGGAAGCUCAGUAUACUGGAAGGUGGCAGUGCCACAAAAACGACAACUGCCCGAGGGCUUCAGCCACCACGGUGUUGCGGACGCUUUCUGCGGAACAUUUCAACGCGGAGCAGUACCUCUGGAUGAAAGUAUCUCCUGGGUAUCAUUUCGCAGCUUCAUAUCCUACUGGGGCAAGACUUACGAGCCUGAUGGUUCAUGGACAGCCGUUUUCUUGAUUGAUCCACAACUUACCCAUCUGCAUCUACAUUCGGCUCCUAAUCAAGAUGAUGGGAAUAACAAAAUCUUGCUUGAGAAUUGGGAACCCACGCGCGAUGUACUACGGGAAGUAAUUAUCAAUUCGUCAGAAGCUGAGCAUACUCAAGUAUAUCAGCGUUCGAUUUUCGCGACCCUUUCAAAAGCUCACAGCAAAAUGGCAAUGGUUGUCACUAAUGAUGUAUUCUCAGCUACUUAUUUUGCUCGCAACUGCAUUCGUGCGGUGUGGGAAGAGCAUGUCUGGCGAAGGGAACGCGACAUCCAUGAUGUCAUGUUCGGGGAUGAAGAAUCUCGCCGAAAAAGGGGAAACACCACCCUUGAGAGCGACCAGAUAGAGCAGACAGCCGAGAGAGUCAAAGCAUACGAGAGACUGAUGAUGAAACGGCAGUCUGUUAACUCUGAUAAGCGAGAACUCCAAGCCAUCACUUGGAAAUUUCGGCUCCGAGAUGCUGAGUAUCUAUCAAAAGACAAGGAGCUAAGGCCCCUUAUAAUAGACGAACGCAGUGUGUGGAAUUCUCUUGAGCGAACGUUUGAGGGUAUGGAAGAUAUUCUUAGUGGCCAUAUGAAGAUGUAUUCCAUUCGCGCCACUAUGGAAGAAGCAUCCGAGGCCAAGGUUCAAUCGCUUGAAUCGUUCAGGCAAACAAAAGCUGCUAACAGAAUGGCACGAAGCUCUGGCCAACUUACCAAGAUAGCCACUGUUGUUGUGCCGUGUUCCUUUGUGGCGUCAAUCUUCUCCAUGAACGGGGAGUUUGCGGCAGGGGAAAGUCUGUUCUACAUUUACUGGGCUAUCUCUGUGCCGGUCACGCUCGGGCUGCUCAUCUGGGUCAUUCACGAGGAUGUAUCGAAGGGCUGGAGCGAUUGCAAGGAGUGGAUGGGUUCUACUUUGGCUUGGCUACCAACCUGGAGGAGAUCUAAAGCACCAACAGCCGUUAUGGCGGAAAAGUCGGAGGUGUAA